UAUAUUGUUAAUUUUCCAAUGACUAAAAAACCAGAUAUGGCGGAGAGCAUUAUGGUAAUAUGCCAUUUCGAUACGUUCAAACGAUAUAGUCAACUUAUGACCGCCAAUUUAAAGAGGAUAGUUAGUCUUGGACUCUUCAGUUCAUUGUUUCAUACGCGAACACAAGCAGCACAACGUGAACAGAAGAAUAUGAAACCCCGAUACCAAAUCACCAUUUGCACUCUCGUACUCCUCUGCACCGAUCUCGUUUCUCCAAGCGUAUCUGAAUCUUCACCGGAGAAUUGUAAAGCAUGGCUUGUCCAGUCAAUUCCCACCGACAUGCCAGAACUCCCUCGCAUCCCAGGCGUUCUCUCCACCGGGGAUGUGUUACGUUGGCUGGCCCAGAACUCUACCACGAAGUUGGAUGUAAUGGCGCAGUACUGGCAGCUUGUAGCCAGUCCCGAAGAUCCUCGUUCGGGGGACUAUGGAUACUCCGGAGCCGACAUGCAUAAAUUAGGGGCUGAUGAAGGUGUCAAGGUCUAUGAGGCCCUCAAUAACGCUGCCAAUCGCAAUGUUAGUAUCAUGCUGCUGUCUCACAACGGAGUGUAUCCAGAUUAUACAGCAGAACCUUCUAGCCUUGCUUCUGGGAGGCCAAAUGUGAAAAAUGUGACUCUACUUCUUGAAAAUUGGUGGGGUUCUGGCAUAGUCCACACAAAAGUUUGGAUAUCAGAUCGUCAAGAUGUGUAUAUAGGAUCUGCAAACAAUGACUGGAAAUCUCUCACACAGGUGAAGGAAGUUGGAGUUUAUCUAGUUAAUUGUUCAAAAGUAGCAAAAAGUGUGGAGACUUACUUUGACAAUCUUUGGAAACUUUCAUCACUUAACUCAAGCGAGAACACAGCAACAGUGUCUGAUCAUCAAUGGCAGAUCAAUAGGACGGUUCCUUGCUGGUCACAUUUCAUUGACAGUAAAUCAAGAUGCAGAUCUCCUCUGCCUCGAUAUUUGGAGAUUCCGCAUGUAACAGGCUAUCCUGCACUAUUAGACCCACAUAUGUUUAAUUUGGCUAUAGAGACUCCGGGAAACAAUUGCUCGACUUUCCAGCCUCAUUUAAGCUACCUCUCUUUUGCUCCUCCUGAGCUCUUAUUUGCCAGGUUCCUGGCAGAUGAACAGGCUUGGGUGGAUACAAUAAAAUCUGUAGGAAGUGGAGCAACUGUAAGGAUUAAUACUAUGGACUGGCUUGGUCAAUCCCAGUUUACAAAGCAGACUGUAUAUUGGGCUUCCCUUUCCUCUGCUAUUUCUGAGGUUGUCUUCUCCAAGCAUGCAACAGUCAAGGUACUUGUGGCAUAUUGGGCACACUUUAUCAACAGCACAGAUCAGUAUCUGAGGUCUCUUUUGUACUCCAACGUACUCUGCAACUCAUCAACCUACAACAAGUGUGCUGGUAAAGUUGAGAUCAAGUAUUAUAUAGUUCCAGGCUAUAACCUGACCGGUCCUGCCAUUCGGAAUGGAACCAGCACUGGAAAUAUUUAUCCAGGCUAUACCAGAGUCAACCACGGAAAAUAUGCAGUUAGCGAUGUUCGAGCACACAUUGGAACCAGCAAUCUGAUAUGGGAUUACUUCUAUACAACUGCUGGUGUUAGCUUUGGAACAUACAAUCCUGCCAUUGUCUCACAACUCCAAGCAAUUUUCGAUGCUGACUGGAAUUCACCAUAUGCUGUUCCAGUUGAAGAGUUUAGUGGUCAUGCUUAUUCAAGCUGAUAGAAUAGAAUCUCUCAAGAAAGCAUAUGCACAUAUUUAUUGACCAGACCACGUUUGCUUGAUCAAGUGAAUAAGUUUGUCACUAAAGAACCCAACAUUGUCCUGAUGGGCCUUUUAUGGGCUUAAAUUAAUGUACCAUUUCGUUUCUCAUUCA